AAUUGGCGUAUUAAACAAUAUUUGAAGCUUUGAACAUCUUCCAAAACAUCCAUAAAAUGGAAAAAGUAUGGCAAAACUGCAACCUUACCAAGACAAAGUCAUCCACCUGAACUAAAAAGCUGGGCAUGAAGAACUUGAAUGAGACAACUGCCAAGACUCCCUUGGUAACUCUGGAGGAGCUGUGGAGAAGAACUGCUCAAUAGAUGUGAGAAUCUAUUGGUCUUGCACUCUACAAAUCUGUCUUAUAGUAGAUGAAUAGUAAGGGAGAAAGGUGGGGGGAAGUUAUUUCAAAGGAAAGAAGGAGAUAAGAGUAGAAAAUAUUGAACGUACAGUUUUCUUUAUGGGAUGUUACAAACGAGCGUAUAAAACAAAGAUAUAUAGUUAUAUCUUCAAGACAUAAAUGAUCCAACAGCAAAGAGUCUUGUAAUUUAUUGCUGGCUACAAUAACAUAGGAAAAGAAAUGGCUAGUCGAUGUGUGCAGGCUGGAAUGCGGAGCUUAACGGGAGAAAAUGAAGUAGCAGGGUUUCUGUGGUGGAAAUCAAUCCUGGGCUCCCUCCUCCUCCUCCUCCUCCCUCCUUCCUUAUUCCUCAUCAAAUAGGAAGGCAGGAAGCAGGGGAGCAGGUGCAGCUCAGUCAAUAAAUGGUCUGAGCCUACGUCAUGUGAUGCAUCAGCAGUGAAUGAUCAACACCACCACCCUAGGAAAAUGGUUGCAGCUUUUGGCCAAAGACACAGGCAGUGACAGCAGUUGGAUAGCACAGAUAGAUGCUCUGCUUUAAUGUUUUUUUUGUCCCCACAACUUGGUCGGAAGGGGAAUGAGCAAGCAAACCUAAUAUAGAUCAAAAAGCUUAACUGAAUCGGCUCUGACAAAAGCUGCAUCGUUCUCUCUCCUGCAGGCCUCUCCCUGAGUACGGAGAUAUGGACUCCUCCUGUGGACUCACAGACAACAGAGUCUCUCCUCCUAAUUCCUUACACGUGAGCCCACCUGGAGGAGGCGGUGGCGUGGGUUCGUCCCACCGCAAACGCCGCACCCUAGUGGCCCCCGAGAUGAAUCUGUCCUUGGAUCAAAGUGAAGGCUCUCUGCUGUCCGAUGAUUUCCUGGACACCCCAGACGACCUGGACAUCAAUGUGGAUGACAUUGACACACCAGAUGAAACGGAUUCACUGGAGUUCAUAACCAACGGCAAUGACCUUGAGUGGGAAGAUGACACGCCGGUGGCUUCAGCCAAGGCGGGUCCGGGUGGAGGCUCCGGAGCGCCGACUGAGGACGGGAACGCAAACACCGGGCGACUGUGGAGAACUGUGAUUAUCGGAGAGCAGGAGCACCGUAUCGAUAUGCAAAUCAUCAAACCGUACCUCCGGGUCAUCACACACGGAGGUUAUUAUGGAGAAGGCCUGAAUGCCAUCAUUGUGUUCUCUGCUUGUUACCUGCCUGACAGCAGCUGUCCAGACUACCACUACAUCAUGGAAAACCUCUUUCUAUAUGUCGUCAGCAGUCUUGAGAUGCUGGUGGCCGAAGACUACUUGAUCAUUUACAUGAAUGGAGCCACCCCUCGGAGUAAGAUGCCUGGAAUCAGCUGGCUGAAAAAAUGCUACCAAAUGAUUGACAGAAGGUUGAGGAAGAACCUCAAGUCUCUGGUCAUCGCUCAUCCUACGUGGUUUAUACGCACAGUUUUGGCGAUAUCCAGGCCUUUCAUCAGUGUGAAGUUCAUGAAUAAGAUCCGGUACGUCCACAGUUUGGAUGAACUUGCAGAGAUUGUUCCCAUGGAGCACGUCCAUGUUCCCGAGUGUGUGAUGCAAUAUGAUGAAGAAAGGAUUAAAGCCCGGAGAGAAAGGAUGGAGCAGGAGCGGCGACAGCAAGAGCAGCAGUCAGUCCCACAGGGGCCAAUUAAAAGCUCUGUGAGGCCAAAAUCAAUGAUUGUAGAGCAAUGAUUGUGAGAAGGACAAGACCUUGAAAGUGCAGGGGUGACGGAGAGAGACGUCUAGCAAGUCGACACUUCCUCCCUUAUUUUAUGCAUAACCAGCUGAUUUCUCAUUUUGCUCCCCAGUCAGAAGGAGAGCAACUCUGUCAUAUGAUAUUCAAAGUGGGAUACUCUCCCAGCUUGAAAAUGUACAACGACAAGUGGCUGUUCUGUUACAGAAGCUGUUUUCAUUGGAAGUUGUCGCUGCCUGUUGCAGGACCUGAUUUGGGAUUCAUAUUGAAUUGUUGGACCAUGAUGAGGCAUUUAAUUGAUUUUGUUUUUUGUUUUUUUCAGUGAUGUAAUUUAUGUUAAGAAAGAUGAUCACUCUCUCUGAUUCAAUAAUAAAGCAUAAAUCAGAGUAACUGAAAAAAUGCACUUUUUAACUUUGGUGGCAAAAAUAUGAACGUUUUUUAAGAUGCAACAUGUUGGGGAGGAGAGAUUUUAUGUGAGUGAGAGCACCACUAAAACAAACUGCUCUCUCUCGCUGCAGGUCUUUGAAGAUAUAAUUGUGUCAGAUGUAGCAAAGUGAAAGAUGCCUUCAUCUCUCUUUCUUUUUACCUCAUAGCUGCUGUAUCUUUAAGGCCUUUCCAAGCUCUGUCUUAAUUGUUCUGGUAUUUUUAAAAGGUCCAAAUAUACCAACAUUUCUCUAUAUCAGUCUUUUCUCUUUCUGGCCUCAGUUGCUGUGUGAACUAUUACUUGUACUGUAUUGUGGACUAUGAUGUGCCUGCAUUGUACUGAUAACUACACAUCUGCAUUUUCUAAUCUGAAAAAGAUCUAUAAGACAAAUUAGCAGAAACAUAGUUUGUAGGUGAGAGCAAACUGCAGACAGGGCAAACCUUUAAGUCAAAUUUUCACUUUGCUUCCUUCCACAUUCAUGUUCUUGUAGACUGAAUAGAUACUAACAGAGCACAUGUAGAGAUUCCACUUUAGAUUGGACAUGGGGAAUGAAAUGCAUCAAAUUUCUAUCUAAUGCAUUUCUUUUAAGAUGUUAGUUUUCUGCUUUGACUUAAAAACACUAUGUUGCAAAAAGUAUUUGCUCACCUGCUUUUGCAGACAUUUGAAAUUGCCUUCCUACUUCUAAUCCGUAGAGUUUAAAGUGAUUUCAGAACACCCUUUGCAUCUGCAGCAGCUUCUGAUCAUCUGGGAAGACUUUACAUAAGGUUUAGGUAUGGUUUUAUGGUAUUUUAGACCAUUCUUCCAAUAUUGCAUUACUGAGGUCAGACACGACUGUUGGAGAAUACCUGGCUUACAGUCUAAUUCAUAUCAGAGCUGUUCUGUUAGGUUGAGUUGAUUCAUAACUCCAAAGAACAGAGGCCAGUGUUGGCUUGCUUCACACCACCACUACUGAGGUUUUCCAUCACCUUUGGUUCUGUAACACAUGGGUGGAGCUGCUUGUUCAUGGAGACCCACUUCACAAAGCUCUCUAAAUGAAGUUUUUGAGCUAAUCUUUAGGCCACAUGAUAUUUGGUGGUCUGUAGUGAUUGAUUCUGCAGAAACUAUGACCUUCAGCGUCUUCUAUCCCCUCUCUUUGAUUACAAGACUUGCCACAUCAUGGCCAUUCUUGUGUAACACCAGUAAGUAUUUAGUUGAGAGAAAAUAUCACACUGGGAUUGACUGUACGCCUUGCAGCGACCUAUUCUUUCACAAAUGUUGAAAGAAGCAGUCUGCAGGCCUGGGUCUGGGAUUGUGGCUGUAAAAGUGGCUGAAUCAACCAACUGCAAGGAUUUGAUGGGGGUGAGCAAACUCUAUUUGCAAUAUUUAGUAUUUUUAUUUAAUCUUAGAUAAAUUAGAUUUAUGCAGCUUUGAAUUUUGCCCGUUUGGAGAGUACCAACUUCAACUUGUUUUUACUAAAAGAAGAAAUAUUGAAACAAGAUUGAACGAUUAGAGAAUCCAUUUUAUUGUUAUGUUUUCUGUGUUUACAGUCUCUUGAUUUAUACGGGAAGAGAACAUUGUAACCACAUGCCUGGUAACGUUUGUGUUCUUGAUGUUGAUUUGCACUACUGCAUUUGGUUCCUUACAGAAUGUUCCUGUUUUAUGUUCAAUGACUGUUUUUUUUUAUCAUGUUAUGAACAUAACCCAUGUAUUUAGCAUGUUGCAUAAAGUAAGCAGUUUAAAAAAAAUUCAGUUAAAAUUCUGUUAACUUUUUUUAAGUAGGAAUUCUGCACAAAGGGUUCAACCUUUUUUUUUGUUUGUUUUUCUAGGUAUCAAGUUUUCACAUUGUUUCCAAAUAGUCUGGUUUUGUGGCUGAACAGAGUGCCUAUUGUUGAACUCGACUGAAAUCUAAAGAGAUACCAGAAUGUAAAGUGAAGCAUUUUGUGUUUUCUUUUUUUAUUUAUGAUCUACCAAUGCCAUGAGAAAUGCUGGCAUAAACCUGUCCUGUAGCUCUUCUGAAAUAAAGAUCCUCAUUUUGACUGUAAAAGCACAACACAAACAUAUGUCUAUCAUUUUACUGUAAAUUGUUUGCUCAGAUUAAAAUGAUCAUGUAAAAUCUCACUUGUCAUGGUCUAAAACUGGCUGUAAAUAUGGCAAAAAAUAAAUAAAUAAAUAAAUCCUUCAA